GCAGGCAGGCGGCGUGCAGCGGCGGCGGCCCAGCGGGCGUGCGUGGGUCGGGCCGGGCCGGGCCGGGCCGGGCCCCGCCGCGCAGCCCCUUCCAUGCGGCUCGCCGGCGGCUCCGGCUCGCUCCGGGCGGCGUCCUCGCCCGGGAACGGCAGCCGGUGGCGGGCGGCGGAGCCCGGCGGCGGCGGCGGCAGCAACCACAGCCCCGAGGCGUGGUCGGGGUCUCCCAACGGCAGCCUGGGCGGCUGGGACCCUUUCGGUCGGGACGAGGAGCUGGCCAAGCUGGAGAUCGCCGUGCUGGCCGUCACCUUCGCCGUAGCGGUGGUGGGCAACGGCAGCGUGCUGCUGGCCUUGCGGCGCACGCCCCGCAAGGCGUCCCGCAUGCACCUCUUCAUCCGCCACCUCAGCCUGGCCGACCUGGUAGUGGCCUUCUUCCAGGUGCUGCCCCAGCUCUGCUGGGAGGUGACCCACCGCUUCCACGGCCCCGACGGGCUCUGCCGCGUCGUCAAGCACCUGCAGGUCUUCGGCAUGUUCGCCUCGGCGUACAUGCUGGUGGCCAUGACCGCAGACCGCUACAUCGCCGUCUGCCACCCGCUGAAGACGCUGCAGCAGCCCACCAAGCGCUCCUACGGGAUGAUCGCGGCGGCCUGGGCGCUCAGCCUGCUGCUCAGCACCCCGCAGUACUUCAUCUUCUCCCUCAGCGAGGUGGAGCGCGGCUCGCAGGUCUACGACUGCUGGGCGCACUUCAUCAUGCCCUGGGGCCCCCGCGCCUACAUCACCUGGAUCACCGGCGGCAUCUUCGUCGCGCCCGUCCUCAUCCUCAUCACCUGCUACGGCUUCAUUUGCUACCGCAUCUGGCGCAACGUCAGGGGCAAGACGCGCCCUGGGGAGGCGGCGGUGGGUGGCGGGCGGCGGGCGGGUGGCGGCGGCCCGCGGCGGGGGCUGCUGCUCGCCCCGUGUGUCAGCAGCGUCAAGACCAUCUCCCGCGCCAAGAUCCGCACCGUCAAGAUGACCUUCGUCAUCGUCUCGGCGUACGUCGUCUGCUGGGCGCCCUUCUUCACCAUCCAGAUGUGGUCCGUCUGGGACCAGCACUUCCCCUGGGUCGAUUCUGAAAACACUGCGACUACUGUCACAGCUCUGUUGGCCAGUCUGAACAGUUGCUGUAACCCAUGGAUCUACAUGUUCUUCAGCGGGCAUCUCCUGCAAGACUGCAUCCAGAGCUUCCCUUGCUGCCAAAAAAUAAAGCAAACGCUGAGUAAAGAAGAUUCAAACAGCAACAGCAGGCGACAGACCUCCUUUACCAACAACAGAAGCCCCACGCACAGCCUGAAUACCUGGAGAGAGUCACCCCGGUCCAAAUCAACCAGCUUCAUCCCCAUCCCGACCUGAGACAGGCCCUGGGGCAGGCAGGGCUUGCAGCCCCCCAGUAGCGCUUGGGAAGGCUAUGGCAUAGCACAUGACACUGGUCAGGGGCACCAGUCAUGGUAACAAGGAAUGACUGAGAUGGCCAUAAGAUAAAGUGUGCCACAUUGCUUGAUAGGCAGUUCUGCAGCGUGGAAUUAUUUUCUGUAAGGUGUUUAGGACUUGGGCAACUGAUAGGAAGGUGUUACAACAAUAAAGCAAUUAUUUUUCUAAAUAUAAUUCAUUAUGUUAUUUUUUUUGUUUCUAAAAUGUUAAGUGCAUUGUUUGCUUGUUGUUUAAAGCCAUAAAAAUCGUGGAGUUGGCAUGUGUUGGGGUAACUCCACUCUCUAGUGUUAGUGCCUAAAAUGCUUCUCAACAUUGUCUGAUGAAGACAUAGGCAAAGAAGAUGAUAUAAGCAAGGUCACAAUUUACUCUUGAACAUGAAAAGAAAAGAGUUGGGAGAAAAUCCUGACUGUCCAGAUAAGGAGCAUGGUUAGGCAGGAUCCGAGUUACUGGGAAUUUAAUUGAUCAUAGCGCUCUUGUAGAGGUCUAGAAAUUCUCAAUUAGUGAAAUUUAACAGCCCUUGUGAAGGCAAAUCCUUCACUGCAUCGAUGUCUGGAUGCGUAGUGUGGAGUUUCAUUGCUAGGGUGACAUUUCCUCUUCCCUUCACGUUGAUGGAAGCUAAACAGCAUAUUUUUGUGGGGGUUGUUGCACCUACCUUGAUUAUUUAACACUAAUUUUAAAAAAUUUAUUGAAAAAGAAGUAUGAUUAUCUAUGACUAUCUCAGCAUUGUUACAAACAGGUACACCAAGAAAACUCAUCAUGACUACCAGAACCACUGGCUUUAUGGGUAGGAAUCGUAUAUUUUCUUUUUUUCGUCACUAAGGUAGGAUCAAGCCACAUUUGGUUGUCAAGCAAAGAACCCCUUAAAUUCAGGAGAAUGUGGCUGCUUGGUAAGAGCUGAAGAAUCAGUACAUUCCAGGACACAAAUCUGAGAAUCAAAUUUACAAGUCUUCUGGAAAUAUACAAAAAUUGUCAAUUUUGUAAUUUUAUUGUGGGGUUUUUGGCCGAUCAUGACAAUGUAGUCUUCAAAAUCAUCAGUAAACCACAAUAAAAAGUCAUCGCAACACAUUUACUAGUUCUACAGCAUUCAAGGUGUGCUUGUUUCCACUACAGUGCAUGACAAGUCAAAUGUAGUUCCUACAGCUUGUAAAUAAUCCUGUUACGUCUUUCUGUGGAGUCUAUCUUUUACCUGGAGAUUGGGUUUUGAAGAUCCUUGAAUAAGUUUUGUAGUGGAUUUAAAGCCCUAAGGAUCUCUUUGAGAAGUACAGCUGGCUGUCUGCUCCAUUCUCCUGAGCUCUCUGCAUCCUGAAAUCCAGGCGUUCCCCUGGCACAGCACAGGACUUCUGAUGCAGUCCCAACUGGCUCACUGGAGCAGUGGGGCACAUGCAUGGCUAACAUGCAUGCUCAUGUUUGCAAGAAGGAACCUCAGCAGCAGGUUUCUCUCUUUCCUACCAAAACCAGACAAAUAAGAUUGCUUUUCUCAUUGCUUGAGGAGAGAAAAAAGUAGGGCCACAACUGUGGCUGUCACUGAGGAUGGUGCUGUUCCCAUGCCUGUUUCAAUAAUGGUAGCAGAAAUAGAGCUGGAUUCAGGAUAAGAGCAUAUUCAACCUGUUUUCCAGAAGCUCCCAGACAUAUCACUGACUGUUCCAGGCAAAGAAUAGAGAAGAUUACAGCUAAAAAACGCCCAUAAAUUUAGUUGUUGUCACUGAAGAAAAUCUUAGCUCUUCUCUCUGCAUAUCUUGUUAUCAUAUUCUGCUUUUCAGGAGAGCAAUCUGGUCUAAUGUUUUGUUGUUCUUCAAAACACCCAAAGGACAGCAUGGUGGAAUGGCUUGUAUUUAACAGACUAUCUUUCUGACCACCUUUAGCACACAUAUGACUACAGCUCUCACCAGUUCUGGGUGAAGGUUUGUGAACCUGAUUUUUUAAUACAAAACCAUGCAUGCAGUGGUGCAGAUUGUGUGUGUGUAUAUUUGUGCACAUUGUAUGUACUGCAUAUAUUUUGCAAGUAGGUAAUUCAGUUACUGAAACUGCAAAUGUUUCAAGAUAAAUAUACUACCGUUUGCCUAGUUUUCUAUUUGUGUUACUACUUUCUUUGUAUAUAAAAUAUAUAUUAAGAAACAAUUGGAAUCAGCUGUACUAACAGAAUUUUUAUGUUUGUGGAACUGAAUUAUUUUUCUAUUGUACUUUAUAUUCAAACAGAGAAGAUGAUGAGAAAAAGAAUGUAGGAUAAUGUUGAUAAUAAAACUAAGCUGGGUAAUGACCAAUCUAUAGAAAAAAGUAAACAAACUCAAAACUAUAGUUUUCAGUUUCUUCCAAAUAUGUUGCAAAAUCCAGGCUUACACUUUGGGCUUGUCAGCAUAAACGUACCCUGUGAGAGCUCUACAGUUUCUGUAAUUAAACUGAUGACACUAUUUAGCAGUAUUUGGAUUCCAGGCAUUUUAUGUAAAUACUGAGUUUUGUUUUUUUCAAAUAAGUGUAGCAUUGGAAGAUACACCUGUCGUUUUAAAUCAUUCAUCUGUGGAAAUGUGUUUUGGUUUUUUUUAAAGCUCAUUUGGGUUAUCAUGAAGACACACCAAUGAAAACAGAACAAAAUAAGAAAUUGUGAAACCAUUGCACAUUUAAAACCUGGAAACAUGCUCUAAUAAACCCGUAUAUUUGUUUGAUGAGAA